AUGGACUGGCAUUACAAAUUGAAACCCAAUCUAGUCAAGACAGAUGCUCCUGGGGCCGGGGCGCCGGUCUACAUGGCGGCCGUGCUGGAGUACCUGACGGCGGAGAUCCUGGAAUUGGCGGGAAACGCGGCCCGGGACAACAAGAAGACCCGCAUCAUCCCCCGCCACUUGCAGCUGGCCAUCCGCAAUGACGAGGAGCUCAACAAGUUGCUGGGCAGAGUCACCAUCGCCCAGGGAGGCGUCCUGCCCAACAUCCAGGCCGUGCUCCUCCCCAAGAAGACCGAGAGCCACAAGGCCAAAGCCAAGUAAACACC